GAAUAUUGGCGAGAGCAUAACAGGAUCAUCCACAAUCCAACGUAGAAAAUAAAAAUGUUAGGUUAAGAGGUUACAUGCGGUGAUGUGGUCGGAGCAGUGAAUAACACUAGCACUAGAAUGCAACGUUACUAACAUUGGGGGCUAUGGUGGUUGGUUUUGGUUAGAGUUGGAACCUCCGUCUUCUUUCGAUGAAUUCGAGGACUUAAUUAACACUUCAUAAACACACAUAUCAUUUCGUUUCUUCUCUUCAUUCCAUUCUCAUUCAAUCCAAUGAUGGCUCACCUUCUCCACACUCCCUUUAUCCCUUCCUCCUCCGCGCUCCGCCGCGCCGCCCCCAUUCCCCACCGCAAAACGACCACUCCACUCGUCGUUCGGGCCAAGAUCCGGGAGAUUUUCAUGCCGGCACUGAGCUCCACCAUGACGGAGGGCAAAAUCGUCUCGUGGACCAAAUCCGAAGGCGACAAGCUCUCCAAGGGCGACAGCGUGGUCGUCGUCGAGUCCGACAAGGCCGACAUGGACGUCGAGACCUUCUACGACGGCUACCUCGCCGCAAUCGUCGUCGAGGAAGGCGGCGUCGCCGCCGUCGGAUCUCCCAUCGCUUUCCUCGCCGAGACCGAGGACGAGAUUCCUCAAGCCAAGUCCAAAGCUUCUUCCUCCUCCUCUUCCUCUUCCGCACCCGCACCUGCAACUGCACCUGCACCAGCACCGCCGGUGGAAUCUCAACCGGAAAAGGUUGCGGCGCCCGUCGCGGCGGCGGUUGCAGCUCCGGUCGUAGCGUCCAGUCAUCCUGCUUCGGAGGGAGGGAAGAGGAUUGUUGCUUCACCUUAUGCGAAGAAGCUCGCCAAGGAGUUGAAGGUGGAGUUGGGGAGGAUUGUGGGGACUGGACCGAUGGGAAGGAUUGUGGCUAAAGAUGUUGAGGCAUUUGCAGCUGCAGGGAAUGUUGCAGCAGCGGUAGCACCAGCACUGGGGAAGAGUGCAGCACCUGCCGGGGUAGAGUUGGGAUCCGUGGUGCCUUUCACCACAAUGCAGAGUGCUGUGAGUAGGAACAUGGCGGAGAGUUUGGCGGUUCCCACUUUCAGAGUUGGUUACACCAUCACCACGGAUGCACUCGAUGCCUUGUACAAGAAGAUUAAGUCAAAGGGAGUCACAAUGACAGCGUUGCUUGCUAAGGCUACUGCACUUGCACUUGUUAAACACCCUGUUAUGAACUCUAGUUGUAGAGAUGGUAAUAGCUUUACAUAUAAUAGCAGCAUCAAUAUUGCAGUUGCUGUGGCUAUAGAUGGUGGACUGAUUACACCAGUGCUUCAGGGUGCUGAUAAGAUUGAUGUCUAUUCAUUGUCAAGAAAGUGGAAGGAGUUGGUUGAUAAGGCCAGAGCGAAGCAGCUUCAACCUCAUGAAUACAACACUGGUACUUUCACUCUGUCCAAUCUGGGAAUGUUUGGCGUUGAUCGCUUUGAUGCUAUUCUGCCACCUGGAACUGGAGCAAUAAUGGCUGUUGGAGCAUCCGAGCCCACUGUUGUGGCUACAAAGGAUGGUCGCAUUGGCAUGAAGAACCAAAUGCAGGUUAAUGUUACCGCUGAUCAUCGAGUAAUCUAUGGUGCUGAUUUGGCUUCAUUCUUGCAAACCCUGUCCCAGAUUAUUGAGGACCCCAAAGAUCUUACUUUCUAGUCUCAUUUUCCUAACAGUGAAAAAGCGUUUCUUUUCUGGCAUGAUUCCUCUCAUCAUGGUUGUGGGAUUAUUAAUUGUUGACAAGGAGAAAUCGAGGAGUCAAUUGCUAUUCACUCGGGAUUUUGCAAAGAACAGAAGAGUUUUAAAUAGGAAAAGCUGAGCUAUAGUUUCUUAAAAUGAUAUCGAAUAUGCCAUUUACAUUUUUCUUUAAUGCUGCCUGAUUUUAUUUUUUUUUGUUUUUUGGGAUGUUCAUUACUGUCUAAUAAUGUUAAUUAUUUAUGUAAGCUUAAAGCUUAUUUUUGGAUUCUAAAUCUUGAAAAGUGAAACUAUAAGGAUUGAACGUUGAUUAUGUUAUGGAACCAGGAAAGGUUAGUGAUGAAGAAAAUUGCUGAUCCAA